CGAGAUUCUAGGAUCUAUAGUUAUGCGACGCCAUACAGUAACUCAAAAACAAACUGAAGAAAACCACACAGAUUUCAGACAUAGAUAAAGGUGCACCUAUCAAAUCCUCGCCCUUCGACAGUUUCUGGAACCUAUACAUACUGGAGCCUGACGCUUGCUAUAUGUCUUGACCCGAAGGCGGCAUUUGAGUCUUUAGAGUUAUCAUUAUUAUAACUAUUAGGCGGGAAUGUGCACUAGUCGUUCGAUUCUUGUGUUAUGUUGCUAGAUCCUCUUAGUGGAGUUGCAAACAAAAUUUUGAAAUAUGUUAUCCUGUUGUAAGUAGUUACGUGCUUGUAUGGAAUGAAAUCGGAACCCAGAGAGAUAGAAAAUUAGGCAAUGGUUGAAGGUAAAAUAAAAGCCUACGUCGCGGUAGGAUUCUAAUCUCGCUCUCACUUAGUCUUCAGUUGGCACCCAUUUUAAAUAAUACCAGUUUAUCAAGAGAUGGUUAUCUCAACUAGUCUCAUCAGGAAUGUAGAAAUGUUUAACCUGGUGACAUAUCUGUCCUUUUUUUAUUUGAUAAUCUUUUAAUGCGGUUGUUUUAGAGACCGGAAGGGAAGCUAAUAUGUCAGUUAAAUCAGCAACAGAAUACAAAUGAUAUGUAUUCACGUGCCCACAAAAUCUCAUUUAUUUUGUAAUUCGAUAACUAGAUUUUGUAUAUGAUCCGGCGUUACACGGUAAGGUUGAGUCCUUUUUGAUGUUAACUGAUUAAAGCUCUCCUUAUGCCCACGUCUGCAUGUCAUAUUGGAGCUGUAGUUACACCACUAGCUGUUUUAAACAGAUUACCAGGUUGGCUUGGUACUUUGGUCAUUAGUCCUGAUGGGUCGGUCUUACAAUCAGCUGGGGAAUUAGUUAAUAAUAAAGAUCUGGCUCAGCAUUUUGCUGCAAUUGCCAAUCGGGUUGGUCGUCUUAUAAACAUGGAAGGUGAAAGGAAGACACAGCAAUUUAAGAGACUAACUGUACAUUUUGAGCAUUCAGUGUAUAUUAUGACAUGCGUUGGUGAUACAAUCUAUGUGGUGAAACGUUUACCAGACAAUCAUGAUAACUCACAUACAGAUGUGUAUCAACAUAUACAUGCAAAAUCCGAUAAUAAUAACACUUCUGUUGGGAUAAAUCAUACUAUUGGUAAUAUUACUAGCAAUAGUGGUAAUAGUUUAGUUGCAGUGGACAAUCAUGUGUCACAAUUCUUUAAUCCGCCUAUUCCAGAUGACUACUGACCGUUGAUUAAAAAAAAUCUUUUGAAAGAUUUCAUAUCUUUGCCACUGUUUGAACAGUGAGUAUGAUGACCCGGUUGUGAUGAUAACAGCCUAAUUUUAUUUCUAUGCAUAGUUUUUUCGUUUUCCCUUCGAUCUUUGUCAAAUGAUUUGAUUGAAUUACAUAAUGAAUAUUUUGACCAACUGC